UGGCUUUCAAAAUAAAAGCUUCUACGCGUGAGCAUGUUGUGGCAUGGGAAGACAUUUCAAAACAUUAUUUUUAUUGCGAAACGCUGCGUAAUUUUUAUUCAAGGGCAAAUGUUUGUUUCUUUCAACCACGGUACCGUUCGGCAGUCAGUGAUUUUUGUUUAGCGAUGUUGCAGGGUGUCGUCAUGUGAAGAUGUCGUCAUUAGUGGCUUACGAAGAUUCCGAACCCGAGGAUGAUUCUCCUAAACGAACGGAGGAGGUGACGUCAGCUUCCAUCCAAACGGGAUGUUAUGAACCAAACCAAGGAGUCAGGCUGUUUGAUUCCUCUCGGACAAUACCAAGCCCUCCCUGCUCCGCCACACCUGACCCGGACAGGUCAGUGUUGGUUUAUCGUGGAGAUGUCUCCGAAAGAAGGAGUUCUUCACUGUGUCCACAACCGCAGCCGCACAGCUGUUUUGGCUGGGAAAGCAAACGUUGCCGUGGCGGCACAGCACGAGAUGAGCGUUUAAGAGAUACCGCUGGUCCUCGGAGUCUACAUGAGACUCGGGGGAAGAUCUCACCCACACAGUCACACAGUUUUGAUGGUGGGUUGAGCCCAGCCAAAAGAAAUCCCACUGUCCGCUCUGGUGUCAGGCCGUACGUCCCGAAGAGACAGAGGCCCGCCGCCUCAUCCGGGACGGUGGACCCGAAGCACCCAGCAGAGCGGGUCCCGGGGAGUCUGACCAGCGAAAGCCAGAUUCUUUUGGACGUGUCCGCGAGAGUGAAGCCGUAUCUCGCCCACAAGGCCGGCGCUUCAGGGAUACCGAGGAGGCUUCUGAUGAGCCUGGGGGGCCACCGGGGUCCAGUCAACACUGUGCAGUGGUGUCCUGUGCCUCACCUCAGUCAUCUGCUGCUGUCCGCCUCCAUGGACAAGACCUUCAAGGUGUGGGAUGGCGCGGAGAGCGGCCGAUGCCUGAGGGUCUACGCCUGCCAUUCGGGGGCCGUGCGGGACGCCCGCUGGACCCCCUGCGGGCGCCACCUUCUGUCUGGCUCCUUUGACAACACGGCUGUGAUCACAGACGUAGAGACAGGGCAGCAGGUAGUGGAAUUGGACAACCAGUUCAAAGUGAUGCGCGUGGUGCCGCAUCCCAGCAGCCCAGAGGUGUUCCUGUGUGGAGGUCACAGUUCAAUGGUCAAUGCCUGGGACUCUCGCAGCUGCAAGGUGGUGAAAGUGUACAAAGCCGGCAUCCAGCAGACCCUGGACAUCCUGUUUCUAAGAGGCGGAGCGAGUUUCAUAACGAGCUCCGACUGCGUGAGCAGAGACUCCGCCGACCGCACCCUCAUCGCCUGGGACUACCAGACCACAGCCAAGGUCUCCAACCAGAUCUACCAGGAGCGAUACACGUGCCCCAGCCUGGCUCUCCACCCACUGGAGGAGUCCUUUGUUGCCCAGACCAACGGGGACUACAUGGCCGUGUUCUCCUCCCAGCAGCCCUAUAGAAUGAACAAGAGGCGGCGAUACGAAGGACACAAGGUGCAGGGAUACGCGGUGCAGUGCGAGUUUUCUCCGGAUGGAACCAUCCUGGCGUCAGGAAGCUCGAGCGGCUCCGCUCACUUCUACGACUUCCACAAUGCCCACACGCUACACACUCUGCGCGCCCACAGCCAGCCCUGCCUGUGUGUUUCUCAGCAUCCCGUCCUCCCCGCGACUGCGGCCACCUGCGACUGGGCCGGCGAGAUCAAGGUCUGGCACUAAGCCAUGUGAAGGAACUGGUGAAUAUGGACAAUGGCAAAACCCAGGCAUCAUCUCUAAGAUAAUAUUCAUUACCACUAUGAAAAAUGAACAGAAAGCUCAUUUGUUUUUUUUAUGGCUGAAUAAUAAAUCUGCAUUAAAUAGA